AUGGCGUUGUUUCAGUCCAUCCCCUUCUCGGCCCCGGAGCUGCUCCUGGUAUCUAUCAUCUUCUGCCUGGUGUUCUGGGCUAUUAGGACCUGGCAGCAUCGAGCCCCCAAAGGCCAGAAGAACCCCCCAGGGCCCUGGGGAUGGCCCCUGCUGGGCCACAUACUAACGUUGGGGAAGAACCCACACCUGGUGUUGUCACAGAUGAGCCAGCUUUAUGGGGAUGUAUUGGAGAUUCGCAUUGGCAGCACCCCCGUGGUGGUGCUCAGUGGCCUGGACACUAUCAAGCAGGCCCUGGUGCGGCAGGGAGAUAUCUUCAAAGGACGCCCCGACCUCUACACCUUCACCCUGGUCACUGAUGGCCAGAGCAUGACCUUCAACCCAGACUCAGGGCCUGUGUGGGCUGCCCGCCGGCGCCUAGCCCAGAAUGCCCUCAACACCUUCUCUAUCGCCUCAGACCCGACAUCCUCAUCCUCCUGCUACCUGGAGGAGCAUGUGAGCAAGGAGGCCGAGGUGCUUGUGGGCAGGUUGCAGCAGCUGAUGGCCAAGGCAGGGAGCUUUGACCCCUAUACCCAGGUGGUGAAGUCAGUGGCCAGUGUUAUUGGUGCCAUGUGCUUCGGCCAACACUUCCCCCACAGCAGUGAGGAGCUACUCAGCAUCGUGAUGAACAGCCAUGAAUUCGUGGAGUCUGCCACUUCAGGGAACCCUGUGGACUUCUUUCCCAUCCUCCAGUAUCUUCCCAACCCACCGCUGCAGAGGUUCAAGGACUUCAACCAGAGAUUCCUACGGUUCUUGCAGAGGACAGUCCAGGAGCACUACCGUGAUUUUGACAGGGACAGUGUGCAGGACAUCACAGGAGCCCUAUUCAAGCACAGCGAGAAAGGUCCCAAAGUGGAUGGCAGCCUCGUCCCACAUGAGAAGAUCGUUAACCUUGUCAAUGACAUCUUCGGGGCCGGGUUUGACACAGUCACAACAGCUAUCACCUGGAGCCUUAUGUACCUUGUGACAAAUCCUAGGAUACAGAGGAAGAUCCAUGAAGAGUUGGACACAGUGAUUGGCAAAGCACGACAGCCCAGGCUCUCAGACAGACUCCAGCUGCCCUAUUUGGAGGCCUUCAUCCUGGAGACAUUCCGCCAUUCCUCCUUUGUGCCCUUCACCAUUCCCCACAGUACAACAAAGCACACAACAUUGAAUGGCUUCUACAUCCCCAAAGAACGCUGUGUCUUUGUAAACCAGUGGCAGGUCAACCAUGACCAGGAGCUGUGGAAGGACCCUUUUGAGUUCUUGCCAGAGCGAUUCAUCACUGAAGAUGGCAGCGCCAUCAACAAGAACACCAGUGAGAAGGUGAUGCUCUUCGGCAUGGGCAAACGUCGGUGCAUAGGGGAGGUCCUGGCCAAGUGGGAGAUCUUCCUCUUGGGCAUCUUGCUGCAGCGGCUGGAGUUCAGCGUACCGGGCAUAAAGGUGGACAUGGACCCCAUCUAUGGGCUCACGAUGAAGCUCCCACGCUGCGAACAUGUCCAGGCCAAGCUCCGCUUCUCAGUCAAGUAAUAUCACCCCACAGGCCAGGCAGGAGUAGUGGGGUCUCUUAUUAUGG